AUGGGCGAUGGGCCAAGUUCACUCGUUGUACAAAGGCCUCUUCUCUUUCAGUCAAUGGUCCAUUCUCACCCAAAAUCAGAAGAGACUGCUGUGUACCUUCCCAAAGCAACGCUUCAAUCACUUCCUGUCGAGAUACUUCUUCAUAUCUUCUCGCAAUUGGAGCUCAAACCCUACCUCUUCUCUCGUGGUGUAUGCAAAGAAUGGCAGCGUCUCCUUCCGCUGGCUGAUAUCCAUCCAGCGUGGCUCCGUCUAGCUGAGUUUUAUUUGAAGAUGGUUAAUACGCCAGAUUUUAUCGACACUCGUACCUGGAUAAUUGACAAUCUCCAGCCAUUCGACCGACAAGCGUACAUCAACAUCCUCCUUUCCCAAUAUCCGGCAGUUCCGGAAGAGUUUCGCAUAUGGCUUCUCGAAUGGCCUGAAAGGGCUACUGUAAACUGUAUAUGGCCUGGCCUGCCGUUCAUAUCAUGCACCGACUUCAGUCCCCGUAGAAGGUCUGGCGUUUACUGGGUAGCAUACAAAAAGCAUUCCCCACAGCUUCUAGCGCCAGUCUAUAGGCAGCACACUCCCUACGCCAAGUUUGUCCCUGGCCUUCUAAUCUGGAGGCGAAGUCACUUGACUGAGUGGCUUAUUUUCGAUGAAGACGAACCUGAACUCUUUGGCCGUGUGUAUGUCACCAGUUUGUUGGAACUUGAAAAAUCGGGGGUCAUCCCUCACGAACGGCAAAAAAUUCCCGACGACGACGACGAGCUAGAGGAAGCGUAUGACGAGGACGCAGAUGGGUAUCUCAACGUGCCAUUUCCAGAUUGGAUCGCCUAUUUGGAGAGCUGCUGGGCCGAAAAUGUUAGAAGGCUCGAACGGCGCGACACGUGCAGUCCGCUUCAGGACCGUGUCAUGCCUGAAUCCGAUAUGACCCCGCAAUUCAACUCAUCUUAUUCUACUAAACUCCCCGCUGUUCCAUGGAGCUUACGGGAAUCGUGUAUGGAGUAUCUCAUGAUUGAUUAG